AUGGCUGACUCCUGCAUCUCCAGUUCUCUGAAGGCAACCUAUCCAUCAACUUCCCCAUUAAAGAUUCCAUUUUUAUCAUGCUUUUCUGCUUUGUGGGUCUACUCUAAGGUGGUUAUGUUAGGUGUUUCCUUUCUUGAGCAUGCGCAAAGGUAUAAUGAUGCUAUAAAUUUACUCCGGAGGUUGCUUAAUAAUUUUACUUCUGAUCGAAGAAGAGGAUAUUGGACUCUCAGGCUGUCAAUUGAUUUGGAGCAUGUGGGCCGUCUUGAUGAGAGUCUUUCGGUUGCUGAAGAUGGGAUACUAGAUCCAUGGGUUCGUGCUGGUUCUAGAGUUGCACUGCAAAUGCGGGUUCUGCGCUUGGGGAAACCUCCAAGACGCUGGAAAACUCCUAGUUAUUCAGACUCUGUCAAGCGGAAGAUUGCUGAGGUUCAUGUUCAAGGUAGACCAUUGAACUGUGAAACAGGGAUGAAGAGUAUAUUUUAUGGUCAAGAUGGAGAACAAUGUGGAGUAGAGCAGCUUGCUUUGCAGUAUUAUUCUGGAGAAGGCGGUGGCUGGCAUGGUGUUCACACAGAGAGUGGCAUUUGGUUAACUAUUUUUGGUCUGCUUAUGUGGGAAAUUAUUUUUGCUGAUGUACCAAAUGUCUUUCGCACCAGAUUUCAGACUGCCCCCUUGGAUAUGGAGACCGACGGCUUUUAUGAAGCCAGAAAGAGCCUUACAGAACCUCUCCUACAAAAGAUUCAUGAUGGCAUGGCUGAGGAGAUCCUCAUAACUUCAUGGGGAUUACAUGAAGGAACAGCAUGUAGGGGAGUCAAUUGGGAGAAGCAUUCCCUGUCUGAGCUUCGUGCAGCUGUUACAUGCAUUGGGGGACCUUGUCUGGCCUCAUUGUGCCGGCACUUGGCACAAGAUUAUCGGAGCUGGUCUAGUGGGAUGCCUGAUUUACUGCUAUGGCGCUUCCAUGGAGAUUAUAGAGGUGAAGCCAAGCUUGUUGAAGUUAAAGGCCCCAGGGAUCGGCUUUCUGAGCAGCAGCGUGCGUGGCUACUGUUUCUAAUGGAUUGUGGCUUUAAUACAGAGGUUUGCAAAGUGACUCCGGCACCAGUUUCUAUCUGA